AUGCUGAUCAAGGAGUAUCGCAUCCCCAUGCCGAUGAGUGUGGAGGAGUACCGCAUUGCUCAGCUCUACAUGAUCCAGAAGAAGAGCAGAGAGGAGAGCUGUGGCGAGGGCAGCGGGGUGGAGAUCCUGGAGAACAAGCCUUACGAGGACGGCCCCGGAGGUUCGGGUCAGUACACGCACAAGGUCUACCACAUCGGCAAACACAUCCCGUCCUGGUUCUGCGCCAUUCUGCCUCAAGCUGCCCUUCGAGUGGAGGAGGAGUCCUGGAACGCCUACCCUUACACCCGAACCCGGUACACUUGUCCCUUUGUGGAGAAAUUCUCCAUAGACAUUGAGACGUAUUAUAAACCAGAUACUGGAAAUCAAGUGGAUGUCUUCAGUAUGUCCCCUGCUGAAAAGAGACAGAGGACUGUAGACCCCAUAGACAUCGUAAAGGACUACAUCCCUCCUCAUGAGUACCUGGCGGAAGAAGACCCGAAGCUGUAUCAGUCAGUCAAGACCAAACGGGGUCCGCUGUCGGACGACUGGAUCGAGGACAUCAACCAGAAUGCUGCACAAAGCCCCGUCAUGUGUGCCUACAAGCUCUGCAAAGUGGAGUUCAGAUACUGGGGCAUGCAGUCUAAGAUCGAACGCUUCAUACACGACGUGGGCCUUCGUAAAGUGAUGGUCCGAGCCCACCGGCAGGCAUGGUGCUGGCAGGAUGAGUGGUACGGCCUGACCAUCGAGGACAUCAGGCAGCUGGAGCUGGAGACCCAGCUGGCUUUAGCUAAGAAGAUGGCCCAGUACAGCCUCAGCGAAGAGGGGGGAACGGAGACCAAUGGCUCCUCCGUCAGCCAGGACCAGGAGCAGGGAGCUGAGACCGUGGGGUCGGCUGCAGAGGCAGAAGGAGGAGGAGGAGGAGGAGGAGGAGGAAAGCUGGGAGAUUCACUGGAGACACGAGGGGAGCUCACCAAGCAGUGGUCAACAUCCUCUCGAUCCUCCAACAGGUCCUCAAAGAGAGGCGGGAGUCCGUCUCACCAGAGCAUCUCAGAGUGGAGGAUGCAGAGCAUCGCUCGAGACUCAGAGGACAGUACAGAUGAUGAGUUCUUUGAUGCUCAUGAGGACUUUUCUGACAACGAGGAGAUGUUUGCCAAAGAGAUCAGUAAGUGGAACUCCAAUGACCUGAUGGACAAGAUAGAGACCAUAGAGGUGGAUGAAGCACAAGAAACGUUGUAUCAGGAGUCGGGCGGCGAGUAUGCUGUGAUGAGUAAUGAGGAGAGGCAGAUGGAGGACUGUUCGUCUCAGCAGUGUCUCCAGCCGUCCAAAAUUCACGUCCUCAUUCUGGUCCUGCAUGGAGGCAACAUUCUGGACACUGGCUCUGGUGAACAGAACAGCAAGCAGGGAGAUGGAAACACACUGAGUGGGGUGUUUGAGACCGUGAUGAGGGUCCAUUACCCCGCAGCGCUGGGCCGCAUCGCCAUCCGGAUGGUCCCCUGUCCCGCUGUGUGUGUUGACGCCUUCUCAUUAGUCUCCAAUCUGAGCCCCUACAGCUACGACGAGGGCUGCCUGUCCAGCAGCCAGGACCACAUCCCUCUGGCUGCUCUGCCCCUGUUGGCUACCUCUGCACCACAGUACCAAGACGCCGUGGCAACAGUCAUCUUACGAGCCAAUCAGGUGUACAGUGACUUCAUCAAGUCUUUAGAAGGAGCAUCUUUUAAUGGCCAGGUGUGUGUUAUUGGGGACUGUGUUGGGGGCAUCCUGGGGUUUGAUGCUCUAUGUAGCAGCUCUGUGACGGUGUCGGAAAGCCAAAACAGCAGCAGGCGGGGCAGCGCCAUCAGCGUGCAGGACACAGACCUUCUCUCUCCAGGUAUCGUCAUAAACAGCGUCUCUCAGUCCUCGCCGUCCCUCGAAGGAAGCCGCCAUCUCAGCCGUAGCAACAUCGACAUCCCUCGCUGCUCGGGGCCCGACGACCCCAAGAGACAACUUCCACGCAAGCGCAGCGACUCCUCCACGUACGAGCUGGACACCAUCAAACAUCACCAAGCCUUCCUGUCCAGCCUUCACUCCAGUGUGCUCCAUGGGGAGCCCGGGUCAAGACGCUCCAGCAACAGCACCAUGCUGGAAGGAGGCUCGCUGGGAAAGUUCGACUUCGAGGUGACUGACUUCUUCCUGUUCGGCUCUCCUCUGGGGUUGGUGCUUGCGCUGAGGAAGACUGUGGUGCCAUCAUUAGAUGUGUCCGCUCUGCGUCCUGCCUGUCAGCAGGUGUAUAACCUCUUUCAUCCAGCCGAUCCCUCGGCCUCCCGCCUCGAGCCUCUCCUGGACAAACGGUUCCACCUGCUGCCUCCCUUCAGUGUCCCUCGUUACCAGCGCUUUCCUCUGGGUGACGGACACUCAGCUCUCCUGGUUGAAACCGUGCAGAGUAACCCUCAGCUUCUGAUGGAGUCUGGUGGUGCAGCUUCCCACCGCUGCCAGGAAAACACCAUCAGUGAGACCUCCAUCCCCGUGCCCGUCCUCAACUGGCAGACCUCACAGCUCCACGCAGAGACCGAUUCUCUUCACUCACAUAAUUUCGUGGACGGCCAGUAUCCGUCGUCCACAUCACCAGGGGUCCCUCACCUUCGCUUCAACCGCAGGGCCAGCGAGGCCAGCCUAGCCAGCCAGGUGUCAGGCUUAGCGGACUCCUACACCGUCUCCAACAUCGCCACCACACUCGAGCGCGAAGUCAGCCACGCUAAAAGGCCCAGCCUGCUGUCCCAGCUCGCUCUUCCGUACAAUAGGUUUGCCUCUUGGAGCCCGUCCUCGCGGCGGCGUCAGAAAACCCGUCAGGUGUUCCCGAAACCCAACGGUGUGGAGUCUGAGCAGAGCUCGGACGUUAGCUCUGACGUGACCUCUGACCUCACCGAUGUCACGUCUGACAUCUCAGACAUCAGCUCUGUGCCCCCAUCGCCCAGGGUGCUGAAGGACAUAGAGCAAGUUGCGUCUCGGUGGUGGGGCAGUAAGAGGAUGGACUACGCCCUGUACUGUCCCGACGCCCUGACAGCAUUCCCCACAGUGGCUCUGCCUCAUCUGUUCCACGCUUCCUACUGGGAGUCUACAGACGUCGUCUCUUUCUUGCUCAGACAGGUGAUGAGACAUGAGAACUCCAGUAUUUUGGAGCUGGAUGGUAAAGAGGUGUCUGAAUUCACUCCGUCCAAACCUCGCGAGAAGUGGCUCCGCAAGAGGACUCAUGUUAAAAUCAGGAAUGUGACGGCUAACCACCGUGUGAACGACGCCGUGUUCACGGAGGACGGGGCCCAGAUGGUGACAGGACGUUUCAUGUACGGCCCUCUGGACAUGGUCACCCUGACUGGAGAGAAGAUUGACAUCCACAUCAUGACCCAGCCCCCCUCUGGAGAGUGGGUGUACUUUGACACGGAGCUCACCAACAGCAGCGGACGUGUCUCGUAUGUGAUCCCUGAGGGCAAACGGCUCGGUAUCGGGGUGUAUCCUGUCAAAAUGGUGGUCAGGGGCGACCACACGUUUGCAGACAGCUAUCUGUCUAUUGUACCACGAGGAACCGAGUUCGUCGUGUUCAGUAUUGAUGGGUCGUUCGCUGCCAGUGUGUCUAUAAUGGGCAGCGACCCAAAGGUGCGAGCUGGAGCUGUGGAUGUGGUGAGAUACUGGCAGGAUUUGGGCUAUUUGAUCGUAUACGUAACGGGUCGUCCCGACAUGCAGAAGCAGCGUGUGGUCGCCUGGCUCUCGCAGCACAACUUUCCUCACGGCAUCGUCUCCUUCUGCGACGGGCUGGUUCAUGACCCGCUCCGACACAAGGCCAACUUCCUCAAAUCCCUCAUCAACGAGGCCCACAUGAGGAUUUUUGCAGCCUACGGGUCCACCAAGGACAUCUCUGUGUACUCGUCUAUCAGCCUGCUUCCGUCCCACAUCUACAUAGUGGGAAGACCCACGAAGAAGAUGCAGCACCAGUGUCAGUUCAUCCCGGACGGCUACGCUUCACACCUGUCGCAGCUGGAGUACAACCAGAGGUCUCGUCCCGCCAAGUCCGCCAGCACCCGCAUGGUCCUCCGCAAGGGCAGCUUCGGGUUGGGCGCCGCCGGAGGAGACUUCCUUCGCAAACGCAAUCACAUCUUUCGCACCAUCUCCUCUAAGCAGCCUGGAGGCGGAGGGUCGGCCUCUCCCAACCAGCCGGGGCGGACUGAGCGAACGCUGAGCCAGUGCGAGAUGGAGCGGGAGCGAGGGGUCGGGCCGGCGACCCAGAGGAGCAUGAGCAUAGCUGCAGGGUGCUGGGGCCGCAGCGGGAGCACCAAGGAGGGCAGCGGAGGCUUGCUCGGACCUAAAUAAUGUUCAGAAUGGAGCUGUGGUGUUAAAGGACCCGGCCCGGGCCACCAUGAUCUCUGGACUGAACAAAGGUAGAAGCGUGGAGGGACAGGAAGUAGAUGGAGGGUUUGUAUUGUAGAGAUCACUGGGUAGGUGAGGGAUGUAGCAUGAAUUAGAGAGAUGGAGGUGGAUCUGUCCAGGAGGAGUGGACUAAUCAGGCCGUCGCGUCCAGCGAACAAAAGACAAUUCUGUAGCAUGACUCUUUUACAGUAAUACUUUUAUAGGAUACAUCACUACUUAAAAAAUGACAAGGAGAGAUUAAAUGAAAUAUUGUAAGCCUUAAACUAAUCUCGUGUAAUGGGACGACCCCACGCCUCCACUUUCCCAACACACACAUAAACGAUCCGCCGUCCGAGCGUCCACACUCAUGAGCUCAGGACAAACUGCAGGUUCGUCUUCAGACGGUCGCGUUGAUUCGCAGCGAUGUGAGAAAGCUGCUGACUCUCACUUCUGUUUCUGUCUCACCGUCAGCUGAGCAACACCCAGCAGUGACAGGCAAUAACACAGAGGAUGAGAGAUGAAGAGUCGCUUCAUCCGAAUCACAGACGCGCUCACCGACCUCUGCUGGUGGCGAGCCACACAGAUCGCUUGUUCAGGGUCGGAUCUGUGUAAGAUUAGUGCCUCCGCCCUCCAUAUUAGUGAUGGAGAAUUGAGAAUUUAGCGCCAUCAGGAGGUCGACAGCUGUGGUUUUUAAUGAAAUGUCCCGACAAAUGGAUUUGGAUGGAUUGCCAUGAAAUUUGCUCCAGAUAUUCUUGAUUCUUAAUGACUGUGGUGAUCCCCCGAUUUCAAGUUUCAGAUUAAAUACCUGCUAACUGAUGACAUUCUCAUCUGUCCAUAAGCAACAGUCUCGUCACCUCUGGGAGGGAACAUCAGAGUUAUCUUAUAUGACUUUAGAUACAGUGAGCAAGUUCAUAUGUAAACCUCCGCUGAGGCAGAGCAGCCUCUUUUAAAUCAGUGCUAUUAGCGCCACUAACAGGAGUCCAUUUAUCUCCGCUGUAUUUAGGUGGAAACUGAAAUCUUUGGCACAUUAAACCAGAACUGUCUGCAUGGCUCGAUGCCACCAGAGGCAACGUGAGACCAUAUGUCCUAUCUGUGAUUUGGGUGAACUGAUCCUUUAACCAUCUGAGAACAUGAAAUAUGUUGCGUCAGAGAGGAAAGUACUUGUACUUGUCUUCGUCACACAGCCAGUUUGUUCCUCACUGAUAUGCUUUGUGUGUUUAAACACACGCUGCUAGCGUGUUGCUGGUCCAGCGUUCAUUCCGCCGUGCGUGAGACUCUGUAUUAUUAUCCCUUUCAGUGUGGCCUCUGGGCCAUCCAAGGCCUUAACAUCCAACAGGACACUUUCUCCACAGAUGGAACAGAAAGCAGAACACAGGGCAUGCAGCAUUAAAGCAACAACUCUGUACAGUCCACAGCAACAAUCCCUUUAUAUAUUCAUCUGCUUGCAAUACCUCUGAUCCACCUGUUGGUGGUGUUCUGUUUCCCACAUGUGCUGCUGCUGGGAGACACUUCCCGUCUUUUUGCUCUUUUUGCUCAUAGGAGACCGAACCGGAUGGACCUGGUGUUUCUGCUGAGGAGCCUGUUUCAUGUCAGGCUGGACCCUGAGAGGGACGGAGACAGCGUGUCCACACCGCUGUCACAUACAGACACCUGCUAGUCUUUCAGUAUUUUUACCAAACAGACUGAAUGAUGAAAGAUUUCUAAUGGGAUUCAGAUGUAAGUGAUGGAGGACAAAAUCCACCUCGUCCUCUGCAAAAUGUAAUGAAACUUUAUUUAUAACUAAUAUGAGCAUCAGCAGUCUGAGUUAGUCGAAUGAAGUGAAUAUCUCCCAAAGUUUUUGUAUGAAAUUAGAUUGUUUUGGACAAAUUCCAGUCAGGUUUCAGGAUUCUGUCUUCAGAGGUGGCUUUUUCAGCUUAGGGUUGAUAGCAAAAAUAAACCUUUUCAUACUAAAAAGACCAGCUUUUAGCUUUAGAUAAUCGUUGUGAUGUACUUUUUGCAUUGUGGAUUCUGUCCUCCAUCACGUGCAAUGGAAGCACAUUAAGAAUCUAAUCAUGGCCAGUACGAAUGUGAGGAAUAAUGACGGUGAGCAAAACUCAUUUCAGUGCUGAAAUGCACAUCUUACCAUUAUUGUAAGAAAGACUUUAAAAGUUGUGAACUUUUCCUUUAAACCCAUGAAAGCUUUUGAAAUAGGGAUGUGUGGAGUGGUUGUACCUCUUGUUCGUUCCAUCUUACUAUGCUGUUGUUUUAUGCCCAGCUUCCACACUACACAAGAGUGUCUGUUUCCACUCUGUGUGUGAUCAGCAAUGUCUUCAACCCACCACAAAAGCCAAAAUCAUUCUCUUAUACUGUAGUUAAUCAACUGUAUAACCUCAUUGUUGUUUUUUGCACUAGUUUACGGUGGAAAUAUACUUUAGUUACCAUCUCAUGUUGCUACAUUUGAACACCUCUGUAGUGCAUGACAAUUUUUAUUCAUUUCAGGGUAUACCUUAUGUGCAGGUACGCACAUGUCUGUACAUUUUGUCAGGAAAUGAAAAUAAUGUAAUUAAAUGUGCCAAACAGUAGACAGUUCUAGAGACGUUCUUAGACCAGGGGUUUUCAAAGAAGUCUGACACUGUGGGUCCACCCAACACCCCCGUGCUCCUGUUUUGAUUCUCCGUUCGCCUCUAUUUGGUGGAUAAUCAUGCUCUAUGUUCUAGAACUACAGCUCCCAUAAUGCUUUGGGAGACGUUAACAGGAAGUAGAAUAUUGUCACAGAGUCACUGAGUUAGGCUGUUGGCGCCAACUUUGGCCCUGUGUUUUUAGCUUAUGUUUGUUCACGUUUUGGUAAAUUAAUAUGAUUAAAAGUUCGCCGAAUUAGCUGUUAGUGGUUCCUGUACGCAUGGAUGUGCAGACAGCUGUCAGCGGAUUACUUUGACACUGAAGAAAACUUCAAAACGCGAUGAAUCUCAGGCAAGUUCUGGAGUUACUGAAGAGAUAACGGCGUCCUCAGAAAGUGUAAGUCACGCUGAAUCUGAAAAUAUGUGUAUAAAAAGUGUCUGUAUCAUGUUUGUUCAAGUUUAAUGAGUUAUGACUCCGGGAAGGUGUGCGUGAUUUCACGUAAUUUGCGGCAAUCGGGCGCUAACAGUUUCGAAGUGCGUUAAUUGCCUCCAUGUGAGUCGAACACGCUGCUGACCAAACUAUAUCAACCAAGAACCACCUGCCUGCCCCCACCCCGCCCUUUUAAAUCUGACCUUGUCCAUGUCCGAAAGGAAAGUGGCUUUAACGGAAAACUGAAGAUGUCUUUUAAACUUUGAACGGAGAGCAGAGGUCGAGCGUGUGGCUAGAGUCGUGGACAAUAAGCCAUUUUGCUUAUGGACUUCUGCAUUGAGUUUCUGUUGUGCUGUGGGUGGAAGGUGUUUGGCUUCCUUUUGGCCGCUUGGCUGCUGAGUUGAAUGUCCGUCCAUGUGGAUCCCGAAGCUGUCCGUGGAUGAGUCAGUGUACAUACUGUAAAGAUCUAUAUGUAGGACUUGUAUGUCUGAGAGUUAUUUAUUUACCUACAGAUCAUGAUGCUACUCUGGAAAUUUCAGGUGAAAUAUAUUUGAAAUAUGUAGCAUUUUGUUUGUCACUUUUCAUCAAGGCUACGGACCAACACAGGAAGGUUUUUGUUUUUACUAGUGCAAUAUAAUAGUUCCAAUCACAGCCAGGCUGAACCACAGCGGGGGCUCAGUCUCCCACCAUACAAGCUCCA